AUGAGCCACUGCCCAAGUACGCAUGCUACGAGUCUCUCCGAUUUGACGAACAGCACUCCGAGUAACGACAACGUUGUUCCGAGCCACAAAUAUGAGAUGAUGUGCAUGCUCUGCUCGCUCAGAGUUGAGAAAGGGCAUGACAACCGCGACUAUCCAGAUGGCAUUGAUGGAAAAGUUUCGAUUGAUCUCGCCUCCUGGUCACAUAGAGAGGAGGCCAACAACGAAGGUCACUCACUGGAACAAAAGUACGGCGAGGAGACUGCCAUUGCUCUCAACUAUAAACUCGACUUUCAGGCUGCGAUACUCAAUCUCUCCAUCUGCGCUUCUUACAUCCUCGCCGUACGUUCAAACAAGCUAACAUUCUUCGAGUUUCUCUUCCUCUGCUUGGUCUCCGCCUGCGCCACCAUGACCAUGAGCAUCUUCCAGCAGGAGAAGGCGAAGAAGGCGAAGAAGGCCGAGGUCGACGACGACAACAAACCACCGACACAAAGCGCCCAACCGAACGCCGCGUUCCCUCCACCGCCUUCGAUUCGCUCCCUUCCGCUUCCAAUCAUCGAUCACAACAACGAAUCACAAGACCGACCCUCCCGUCACCAGAAGCCACGAACCACAAGGUCCAACACUACUCUGGAAAUCAACACAGCGCACGAACAGCAGAACAGCACACCAGCAUGGUCCAACGCCGCUUCCAUCAUCCAAUAUACCACGCGUAUCUCAAGGUCGACCGCCACUUCUCCCUUCUUCGAAGCUCCGAGCCGCGCGAGCAUCGUCAGACACCUUCACGUUACCGCACCAGCGUCCAUCCACGAUACAACAGCGAUCUCAGAUGCUUCACUCACAUACCGUCCACCACACCUCUACUCGCAGAACCGCAAGGCUGACCAGCGGUCCUGCAUGCUCCAAACCAUGCGCUCAGGACUCCUGGGCUCCACAAUCAGCCAGCGAGCCUUCGGGUCAGCUUGGUCGGUGUGGAUCGAUGCCCGUUGA